AUGAAUGGUGAGUUAUACUGUGGACAUGUCGAGGUAACAGAUAAAAACUCUCGGGAAGCAUGUGAGAGCGAAGCGGAAGACACAGGUCUUCAACUGAAACCGACGUUUUUAUUCCGAGAUGAAGAUUUAAAUGCAACGUCUUCUGUACAACACCCAUUACAUAUGGAAAAAGAAAAAAACGGACCGUGGUUUCAAUUCUCGUACGAAGGAUACCGGUUACUCAAUCAUCAGGCACAAAAGAGGCAAACACUGAUUAAUUCUUACAGAAGACCUUAUGAAUACUAUGGUUUUUCAUACGACCAAUGA